AUGCCUCGAGACUGUUCCCCAGAUCUUCCUCCCCCAGAGGACUAUACGGGCACUUCUGUUAUCUGGAACCUUUGGGUAGAUAUUGUUCAAGAGACCUUUCCAAUGCGCGAAGGCUAUCAUGUCCGUCUGGAGAGUGAACCCAUAUCGGGAAGAGCUGAUUGCAAAGUUUACCACUUUGAACAGACUAGAAACCCAAAGAAGGUGGAAUUCUUGGGCAUUGAAUGCAAGCAGGGGCACCAUGAAACUCAAGAUGAUUCCUGGGAUCUGGCACGGGAGCAACUGAUUACCUACCUUACUGGCUUUCAAGGUUCAGCUAAGGUUUUCGGUGCUAUAUGUAUGGGAAAGAAUGUGAGGUUCUACCGGUUCUUCCCUGCUCAAGAUGAUGAACCGGCUACCAUCGAAGAAAUGGAUGAGAAUGUUAUCCGUAUUGAUAGGCAGCCUCAGACCGUGGUGCGCCGUCUUGAGUAUAUUAAGAGUAGUGUGUCCUAA